AUGCUUGGCAGUGGGCUUAUUCGUCAAUCGGUCUCACGUGCACCAGUAUUCCGACGGUUCCUGACGACUGCCAACAACAAAAACGUUGCUUUCGCAUUUGAUAUUGACGGAGUUCUCAUAAAAGGAUCAAAAACUAUACCGCAAGCACAAGAAGCUUUGCAGUUGCUGAAUAAUGAAAAAGUUCCUUGGGUCUUGGUUACUAAUGGAGGUGGAAAAACUGAAAGGGAGCGUGUUCAGGAUCUUUCUCAAAGACUGGGAGGAAUAGAUAUCCCUGAGGACCAGUUCAUGCAGAGCCACACACCAUUUAAACGACUUGUGGAUCUAUACAAAGGCAAGGUAUUGAUUGUUGGAGGAGAUGGCGAUGACUGUAGAAAAGUUGCUAAGUUAUAUGGAUUUAAAAAUCCAGUAAUUGGCGCUGAUAUAAUUCGCAAGCAUCCAAGCAUAUGGCCAUUUCACAGAUAUAGAAGAGAAGAGAUAGAACAAUGGGCGGAUCCAUCGAUCAAUGUUGAUGACGGAGAACCAUUUGACGCUAUUCUGGUAUUUAACGACCCGCGUGACAUGGGUACUGAGAUUCAAAUCAUUUUAGAUUUGUUACUAUCAGAGAAUGGCGUCCUUGGCACACGACGCAAAACCCAUACAUCCAGACCAUCAAUCCCUAUUCACUUUUCUAACAAAGAUCUAUUAUGGUCUAACGAUUAUCCAAUAGCUAGAUUCGGGCAGGGAGCCUUCAAAGCUACAAUUGAUACCCUUUAUGAAACAACUACGGAGGGCUAUAAAUUGGAGAGUGUUGUUAUCGGUAAGCCAUUUAAAGAGACAUACGACUAUGCUCACAACCUUCUGGUAAAGAAGUUUAAGGAAAAUCAAAACAUCUCGAGUAUAAGUGCAAAAAUCUCCGCUCCUACAGUUUACAUGGUCGGCGAUAACCCGGCAUCUGACAUUCUUGGUGCCAAUGGAUACGGAUGGAGGAGUGUUUUGGUACGAACAGGAGUCUAUCAAGAUGGUGCUGAUCUCCAAGGAGCCAAGCCCACUGUCAUCCUUGACAAUGUCCUGGAUGCAGUGAAAUAUGGCCUUGAGAACUAA